CCUUCUCUCUCUUGGGCACAGACUGGCGCUCCGGGUUCCGCACAUCGAGCAGGCUCUUUUUAAUCCUGCUCUUACCUCCAAGUGUCCGGACCAAAACUGCUACAUUCCCGGGGACAACUUUUAACCAAGCACACCAACUUUACAUUCCAGACGACCAGAAGACACUUUUGGACAUCACUAAGCGUUCCAAUAGGCUAUCCUGGUUAUGUAACUUUUGUUGCACUCGAACUAUCCUUUCCCAUUCAAAGACUUGAUCGGACAUUGACUAUUUUUGAAGCUUUUUCACUUUUACCCCAGUCUUUCAUAUUUCAGGACAAAUAAGCAGAGCACACGAGUCGGUAUCCGAUAUUUUUGCACAACCUUUUCUUACUUUCUUCGCGUAGUCUUAUCAAAAGUAGUGCGCAACGAUGGCAGGUGGUGUCAACUCCUUGGAUUCCGUGAAGAGAAAGAUCCAGUGUUUGCAGCAGCAAGCGGACGACGCAGAGGAGCGGGCUCAAAACCUACAGAGAGAGCUGGACAGAGAACGAGACCAGCGAGAAAAUGCGGAGGCUGAUGUAGCUGGUUUGAACCGAAGAAUCCAGCUUGUGGAAGAAGAGUUGGACCGAGCCCAAGAAAGACUUGCCACAGCCCUGCAAAAACUGGAGGAGGCAGAGAAGGCUGCAGAUGAGAGCGAGAGGGGUAUGAAAGUUAUUGAAAACAGAGCAAUGAAGGAUGAGGAGAAGAUGGAGAUCCAGGAGAUGCAGCUGAAGGAGGCCAAACACAUUGCAGAGGAGGCAGACCGUAAAUAUGAAGAGGUGGCUCGUAAGCUGGUGAUCCUGGAAGGAGAGCUGGAAAGGGCUGAAGAAAGGGCUGAGCUCUCAGAAUGUAAAGCUAGCGAUCUGGAGGAGGAGCUGAAAAAUGUGACCAACAAUCUCAAGUCUUUAGAAGCACAGGCUGAGAAGUACUCAGAAAAAGAAGACAAAUAUGAAGAAGAAAUCAAAGUCCUAACCGACAAAUUGAAGGAGGCUGAGACUCGUGCAGAGUUUGCAGAGAGAAGUGUGGCCAAAUUGGAAAAGUCCAUUGACGAUCUUGAAGAGAAAUUAUCACAUGCCAAAGAGGAAAACCUGAACAUGCACCAAGUCCUAGACCAGACUUUGCUGGAACUGAACAACCUAUAAACACCUUAAGAGGAUGGUGAAGAUGAAGAAUACGCCAAGGACCAUUCCAUCAGCGCUUGACUCCAUUCCACACUUUGAGCCGUAAAAUAUUUUCACCCCAUGUAAAAGGGGGAUUAACUUAAUUCUUAUUCUUAAAGUUUUUUUUCUAUGGCACAAUUUUACUUUUAUUUUUUUAAUGCUGAAGUUAUUAUGAAUCCCAUGCUUUUUGUAUGUCUAGCUGUAAUUAUCAAUGUUAUCCCCAGGAAGGACUUUAUAAAGUAGAAAUACCAUAACCACUUAAGAUGACUCGACGUGACAUUCAGUUAAUUAAGAAAUUUAAAUUUCAAUCAUUUAAAAGUGAUAUGGCUAGUCCAGUGUUCAAUGGUGGAUUAUGUAGCAUUAUAUCAAAUGGACUCAAGUGCCACCUAGUGGUGAUCUGAAGUAUUCACCAGUUGUGCUUUACCCGACUCUCAGUUCAGUAGUUCAGCAUUGUGAUCUUGCAGACUUUAUACACACUGUAAAUACAGUGCUUGGUGAAAACGCAUAUUUUUGUCACAGAUAUGUGCAGAUCACAAUGCAGUGUUUGAUCUUAGCCAACUAUUAAACUUUGCAUCAAUGACAGUAGAGUGGCAAGAGUAAGUAAACCCUCCUCAUCACUGGACUAUCAGUUUAUCAACAGACACCGAUUGUACAUAGUAGAAUGAAGGUUAGCAAAAUGUUGCAUUGAUUUUUGAAAUUUAUAACUUACAUUUGCCAUGGGAUUUCAAGACCAAAGAACACACGGAAAUUAGUCAUUCAUCUCUUAUUGUUUAUUUCAGUUUAUAAUGGACUGAUUUUAUAGCAUACCACGGCUAAGUGUCUUAACAGGGACCAUUUGAGAAGUUCACUCACCACCCCCUCUUGUCAAUAAAUCUUUUACAAAAUCA